UCUGCUCCUGUGGCUGUGGGAUGCACUGGAGGCAGCAGGAUUUCGGGUGGAGAUGGCAGGGAGGACUCAGACCGUGUUUCUCAACGACAACAUCACCAUCACCUGCAAGAUCCCUGGUUCUCCCGCUCUGGACAUCAGCACUGUGGGUGUUGUCUGGUUUGUGAGGAAAAAAGGAACAGAGGAGAAAGUUCCUCUGUUUGAGUAUUAUGGAGAUCACGAGAAGGCAUACCGAACUGGAGCCAACAUCUCUCAGGAGAAGCUGAUGAGGGGAGAGGCCUCACUGCACCUGCCAGCCAUUCAGCUCAGUGAUGCUGGAGAGUACUUCUGUAAGGUGGUGGUCACCCCUGAGAUGGAUGAGAAAAGUGUGCAGCUGGAAGUUGUGGACUCUGUGAACAUAACAUGGGAGGUUUGUCUCCAGAAUGUGGCCCAGCCUCUGCCGAUAUCUGAAGGCAUCUUCACUGGUCAUCAUGUCCAGAAUGAGGAUGGGACCUUUAAUGUCACUAGCUAUGUGACACUGAAGUCUCCUCUGGAAGAUGCUGGGGCCGUGUACCAGUGUGUGGUGAGUCACAUUUCCCUGCACACCACCCAGAGACUCAACCUCACACUGAGUGUGACAGACUCUGUGAAGAACAACAACUACAGGAUUGUUUUGCCUAUUAUAACAAUGCAGCUUGCUGUAGUUUUUGUGCUGGUUUGCUGCAUUUGCAAAUGCUAGAAUUGGAAUAAGCAUGUAUGAACUAAUAUGACAUCAGUUCAGGAAAUCGUGGACCAGAACUGAGACAUGCGAGUUUGAUGCUUGGAAAGCCAGCCAACCACAUCCGUGUGCUGCUUCGAAAUUCAUUUUUUCUGUCUUCAUCCAGCUACCUUACCUGAAAAAGCAGUGAAUGAUGACCAAUGCAUAUCAACCAACCAAUCUGGAUGGACUUGCUACCUCAGGGCUUUGACUCGAUCAGACCUCUGACACUAGCUAUGUCUUCCAUCAUGGACUGCAGCCUUGACUGUGUGCUCAAUCCUAUGACCUGCUUCAUCCUAUGCAAUGAAACAGUAGUGGAUGUGUGUCAGUCCCAGCCUAGACCUCAGGAGGCCAUGUGCAUUCAUCCUUGGACUUCUGUGAUGCAUCUGGGCUUGAACAAGUGCCUAGUCCAAGCCUGACUGCUGGUGGAAAAGGGAGAGACCAGAAGCAGAGCCACAUCAUCCUGCUUGCUCUCAGGGACACCAGCCUGGAUCACUGGAAGCUCUGUAACAGCACUUGAACACCCUAGCUGUGGUCGGAGGAGCCUCAGAAUCAUCUCUCUGCACUGCAGCAGGAAUAUUUAUCUCAAAAAGCCAAUGUUUAUGGUUUGUUUGUUAGGCAGCAAAACUCACUGAUAGAGCUCCUCCAGUACCACAAAGUGCCCAAGAAGGUUGGCAGCCAUGAAGGUGGGCUGCUGAGGCUCCAUUUCUGUCAUCACCAAGGAUUAUAGUCAGGCCACAAGAUCUAGGUGCAGUCCCUCCAGGUCUUUGCAGGACCUGAGUUCAGAGUCUCUUUCUCCGUGGACUGUACCAGCCAGCCACUGAGCAAGCAGGACUUCCUUGUUGGUGUGGCCCAGGCCUUCCCUAACUUGUCUGGUGCCUGAGUCCCUACCUGCUCAGCCCUCUUUCCCUCCUCUUGCUUCUCCUUCACUGCCAUGGUACUCUCAAGACUUUGUCCUGCUGUUCCCUCUAUGCUGGAUCUUUCUCUGGAAUACCACAAUUAUUCUCUUAUGCCUUGAAAACUAUUUCCAAGAUGUUCCAAAGUGAGAAAGUGUGGUCUGAAGAUCACACUGAGGGAAAUGAUGUGCACCUACUCUUUGAUUGGGAGGAACCAUCUGUAGGCUGCUGGCAGGCCACAGAAAGGCAGGUGGCAGAGAGCACAGGCUUGAGGGAAUGCAUGUGUAAUGAAAAAGGCUGCUUCCAGUCCCAGACAGCCUGCCCCUGGGGAGGCUACAUGUGCUGUAUGCCAUAGAACAGAAUUCUAGAAUACUUUUCUUCUACCUCCUUGAUGGAUGAGGAAUAAAAGACACAGUAGGAAUGGAAGAAAUACACUGAAUCUCAGUACUCUAUUACAUUUCAUAGGGUUAUUUGUUUGCUAGUCCCCUACCUCUACCUCAAUAAUGAUGGUGUUAUAAGUAAAAACACAUUGAGGGUUUAAAUUGUGAAACAGCAGAAAAAGCUGCAGGUUCAGUCUGGUAUCCCAUAUGGGUACCUGUUGUGGGCUAAGGAGUUGAUUAGCGCUGGUUGUAA